AUGAGGAGCCGAAGUAACUCCGGGGUCCGACUGGAUGGCUACGCUCGGCUGGUGCAUCAGACCAUCCUGUGCCAUCAGAAUCCAGUGACUGGCUUGCUUCCAGCCAGCUAUGAUCAGAAAGAUGCCUGGGUCCGAGAUAAUGUGUACAGUAUCUUGGCUGUGUGGGGUUUGGGCCUGGCCUACCGGAAGAAUGCAGACCGGGAUGAGGAUAAGGCAAAGGCCUAUGAACUGGAGCAGAGUGUAGUGAAGCUGAUGAGGGGACUGCUCCACUGCAUGAUCCGACAGGUGGAUAAAGUAGAAUCCUUCAAAUAUAGUCAGAGUACCAGGGAUAGCCUCCAUGCCAAAUACAAUACCAAAACCUGUGCCACCGUAGUGGGUGAUGACCAGUGGGGACACCUGCAAUUGGAUGCUACCUCUGUGUACCUGCUCUUCUUAGCACAAAUGACUGCCUCAGGACUUCAUAUUAUCCACAGCCUAGAUGAAGUCAAUUUCAUACAGAACCUUGUAUUUUACAUUGAAGCUGCAUAUAAAACUGCUGACUUCGGGAUAUGGGAACGUGGAGACAAGACAAACCAAGGGAUCUCAGAAUUGAAUGCCAGUUCAGUUGGAAUGGCAAAGGCAGCCCUGGAAGCAUUAGAUGAACUGGACCUAUUUGGUGUGAAAGGUGGGCCCCAAUCAGUUAUCCAUGUCCUGGCUGAUGAAGUACAACACUGCCAGUCUAUCCUUAAUUCACUACUCCCCCGGGCUUCAACAUCCAAAGAGGUAGAUGCUAGUCUACUUUCAGUUAUUUCGUUCCCAGCCUUUGCAGUAGAAGAUAGCCAGUUGGUGGAGCUUACAAAGCAAGAAAUCAUCACCAAGCUUCAGGGUCGUUAUGGUUGCUGUCGCUUUCUACGAGAUGGAUAUAAAACUCCCAAAGAGGAUCCCAACCGUCUGUACUAUGAACCAUCUGAGCUGAAGUUAUUUGAAAACAUUGAGUGUGAAUGGCCAUUGUUCUGGACAUACUUUAUUCUUGAUGGGGUCUUUAGUGGCAAUGCAGAACAGGUUCAAGAAUAUAGAGAGGCUCUUGAAACUGUCCUCAUCAAGGGCAAAAAUGGAGUCCCACUUUUGCCAGAGCUAUAUAGUGUUCCUCCGGACAAGGUUGAUGAAGAAUAUCAAAAUCCUCACACUGUGGACCGAGUCCCCAUGGGCAAGUUGCCCCAUAUGUGGGGUCAGUCUCUGUACAUCUUAGGAAGCUUGAUGGCAGAGGGAUUUUUAGCUCCUGGUGAAAUUGAUCCCCUGAAUCGAAGGUUUUCUACUGUACCAAAGCCAGAUGUUGUGGUUCAAGUUUCCAUUCUAGCUGAGACAGAAGAAAUCAAGGCCAUUUUGAAGGACAAGGGAAUUGAUGUAGAGACCAUUGCUGAGGUAUACCCUAUCAGAGUACAACCAGCCCGUAUUCUCAGCCACAUUUAUUCCAGCCUAGGAUGCAACAGUAGAAUGAAACUUAGUGGACGACCCUACAGGCACAUGGGAGUCCUUGGAACUUCAAAACUCUAUGACAUUCGGAAAACUAUCUUUACCUUCACUCCACAGUUUAUAGACCAGCAACAGUUCUACCUGGCUCUGGACAACAAGAUGAUAGUAGAAAUGCUUAGAACAGACCUCUCCUACCUCUGUAGCCGCUGGAGGAUGACAGGCCAGCCCACCAUCACCUUCCCCAUUUCACACACCAUGCUUGAUGAAGAUGGAACCAGCUUGAAUUCAAGUAUCCUAGCAGCACUCCAAAAAAUGCAGGAUGGCUAUUUUGGUGGAGCAAGGAUUCAAACAGGUAAAUUGUCAGAGUUUUUGACAACAUCUUGCUGCACACAUUUGAGCUUCAUGGAUCCUGGACCUGAGGGUAAGCUGUACAGUGAAGAUUACGAUGAUAACUAUAAUGAGCUGGAACCAGGUGACUGGAUGAAUGGCCACAGUUCAACCAGUAAUGCUCGCUGUGGUGAUGAAGUUGCUCGCUAUUUAGAUCACCUUUUGGCGCACACUGCUCCCCAUCCUAAACUAGCCCUCACCUCACAGAAGGGAGGGCUAGAUCGGUUCCGAGCUGCUGUGCAAACAACCUGCGAUUUAAUGUCCUUGGUGACCAAGGCCAAGGAGCUGCAUGUACAGAAUGUUCACAUGUAUCUUCCUACAAAGAUAUUUCAGGCUUCCCGGCCUUCAUUGAACUUACUUGACUCUCCUCAUUGCCCACGAGAGGACCAGGUUCCCUCUGUUCGUGUAGAAAUACAUCUUCCUAGAGACCAAUCUGGGGAGGUGGACUUCAAAGCACUCAUUUUACAGUUGAAGGAGACCUCCAGCUUACAGGAGCAAGCUGACAUCCUUUACAUGCUGUAUACUAUGAAAGGACCUGACUGGGACACUGGAUUAUAUGAUGAAGGGAGUGCGACAGUCCGAGAGCUGCUUACUGAACUGUAUGGCAAAGUUGGAGAAAUUCGUCACUGGGGCCUGAUCCGAUACAUCUCUGGAAUCCUAAGAAAGAAGGUGGAAGCACUCGAUGAGGCCUGCACAGACCUUCUCUCCCACCAGAAACAUUUGACAGUGGGACUCCCUCCAGAACCUCGAGAGAAGACCAUCUCUGCACCUCUGCCCUAUGAAGUGCUCACUCAGCUGAUAGAUGAAGCCAGUGAAGGGGACAUGAGCAUUUCCAUUCUUACACAGGAAAUAAUGGUGUAUCUAGCCAUGUAUAUGCGAACUCAGCCUGGCCUCUUUGCCGAAAUGUUUCGACUUCGAAUUGGUCUAAUCAUACAAGUUAUGGCAACAGAACUGGCCCAUUCCCUUCGAUGCUCAGCUGAGGAAGCCACAGACGGCCUGAUGAAUCUCAGUCCUUCAGCCAUGAAGAAUCUCCUGCAUCACAUUCUCAGUGGCAAGGAGUUCGGAGUGGAACGAAGUGUUCGUCCCACUGAUUCAAAUGUCAGCCCUGCUAUUUCCAUCCAUGAGAUUGGUGCUGUCGGGGCAACCAAAACAGAACGAACUGGGAUAAUGCAGUUAAAAAGUGAGAUAAAGCAGGCGGAAUUUCGUAGACUAUCUAUCUCAACUGAGAGUCAGUCACCUGGAACAUCUGUGACUCCAAGUAGUGGGUCCUUUCCUAGAGGUGAACAGACAUCUAAAGAUAAUCGUCAAGGUCAGUGGCAACGCCGAAGAAGGCUAGAUGGAGCACUGAACAGAGUGCCAAUUGGAUUUUAUCAAAAAGUAUGGAAAGUUUUACAGAAGUGUCAUGGACUCUCUGUAGAAGGUUUUGUUCUUCCUUCUUCAACCACUAGAGAGAUGACUCCAGGAGAGAUUAAAUUCUCCGUUCAUGUGGAAUCUGUCCUGAACCGUGUACCUCAGCCAGAGUACCGCCAGCUUCUGGUUGAAGCCAUCCUUGUCCUCACCAUGAUGGCAGAUAUUGAAAUUCAUAGUAUUGGAAGCAUCAUUGCUGUGGAAAAGAUAGUGCAUAUUGCUAAUGACUUGUUCCUUCAAGAACAGAAAACCCUCGGGGCAGAUGAUACCAUGUUGGCCAAGGAUCCUGCGUCUGGCAUCUGUACUCUUCUGUAUGACAGUGCGCCCAGUGGCAGGUUUGGCACCAUGACCUACCUCUCCAAGGCAGCUGCCACCUACGUACAGGAGUUCCUGCCUCACAGCAUCUGUGCCAUGCAGUGA